AGUCCUCCACCCAGUCUCUCUUGUCCUCCCUCUCUCUCUCUCUCUCUCUCUCUCUCCCCCUCCUUCCAUUCUUGUCAGAGGAGAGAAGUGCGAGAAGGAGCGUCAGCACAGACGGGGAAGCGAAAGAGUUCAAGAGACAGAAAUCAAAACACAAAAAAAGAAGAAGAAGAAGGAAAAGAGACGUACGUGAUUUUGAAAAAAAAAUAAACAAUAAACCUCUCCUGUCAUCGGAGCUCGGUUUGUCACACGACUGAGAAGAGAGGGGGAUGAUGAAAACGGCUGGAUUACGCCGCUGCUGAACGAGACGUCGACUUUGACAGCUACUGAACGUUGCAGCUGUUCCUGCCACAUCUUAACGGAACUGGGACCUUAACAGUUUCACUUCCAGAAAAUACAGACAUAUAUUGCACCUCUCGGAGCAGACGAUGAAACUUGCAGACUCCAGCACUGAUUGGAAGCUUGUGUCAGAAUGACAGCAGAAGACUCCGCCUCUGCCGUCACCAUGAGUAACUGUAGCCCCUCCUCCAAAUCUAACCCUGCCAAUAAUCAUCCGAUCCUCCAUGGAUCCAUUCAAGAUGGUGUUGCUGGAGCACCUAAUGAAGCGGCCCUGUUGGCUCUCAUAGAGCGCACGGGUUACAAGAUGGUUCAAGAGAACGGACAACGCAAAUAUGGCCCGCCCCCUGGCUGGCAAGGCACCUCCCCCCCACGUGGCUGUGAGAUCUUCGUGGGCAAGAUCCCGCGUGAUGUUUACGAAGACGAGUUGGUGCCGGUGUUUGAGUCAGUGGGCAGGAUCUAUGAGAUGCGCCUGAUGAUGGACUUUGAUGGGAAGAACCGUGGCUACGCCUUCGUCAUGUACACGCAGAAACAUGAGGCGAAACGUGCUGUGAGAGAGCUAAACAACUACGAAGUGCGCCCUGGACGAUUGCUGGGGGUCUGCUCGAGUGUAGACAACUGCCGCCUGUUUAUUGGUGGAAUUCCCAAGACCAAGAAGCGAGAAGAGAUUCUGGAGGAAGUCUCCAAAGUGACAGAAGGGGUUCUGGAUGUGAUUGUGUAUGCGAGUGCUGCAGACAAAAUGAAGAAUCGUGGCUUUGCCUUUGUAGAGUACGAGUCCCAUCGUGCAGCUGCCAUGGCCAGGAGGAAACUCAUGCCGGGGCGUAUUCAGCUCUGGGGUCACCAAAUUGCUGUCGACUGGGCCGAACCAGAAAUCGACGUCGAUGAGGACAUCAUGGAAACGGUGAAGAUCCUGUACGUGCGCAACUUGAUGAUUGAGACCAGCGAGGAGGUCCUCCGCAAGAUUUUCAGCCAGUUCAACCCAGGCUGCGUUGAACGAGUGAAGAAGAUCCGUGACUAUGCCUUUGUGCACUUUACCAGCCGGGACGAUGCGGUGGUGGCUAUGGACAACCUGAAUGGUACCGAAAUCGAGGGGUCGUGCAUUGAGGUGACGUUGGCCAAGCCUGUAGACAAGGAGCAGUACACUCGCUACCAGAAAGCAUCCAAGGGAACCGUGACCACUAGUGACAGUACUCAGCAGAAUUUGGUGUAUCAGUGCGAUCCCUACACCCUCGCCUACUACGGCUAUCCUUACAGCACUCUCAUUGGACCCAACCGUGACUACUUCAUCAAAGCAGGUACUGUACGAGGCCGUGGCCGUGCUGGAGCCACUAACAGAGGCCCAGGGCCCCGUGGCUCGUACCUCGGUGGCUAUUCUGCCGGUCGAGGCAUUUACAGCCGCUACCAUGAAGGAAAGACCAAGUUGCCGGAAAAACCAUAUGAGCUCAUGUCCAGUCUGGAGCUGGCAGCCGUUAAUCCAGUGGGCAUUAAGCCUGGCACAAUGGAGGAGCCUUUGUUUGUAACGGCGGCUUCAAGACGCUUCCUGUAUGAAGACGUUAAUCGGCCGCAGUAUUCAGUGACUCUGCCAGGUCUCGGUGCGCAGUACCCCACUAUGUUCUCUGCUGCACCCGCUGCUACUAAACUGGUGGAGGAAGGAAAAAUUCACCCAGUGGAGCAUUUGAUCAAUCCCCUCGCGCUCCAGCACGAUCAUUCUGCUGCUCCAUCGACUGCUGCCGUCAUUCCUGCCGUCUCAACACCUCCACCCUUUCAGGGUCGUCCCAUCACUCCUGUGUACGCCGUGGCUCAUAAUGUCCCGCGGAUCCCUGCUGCUGCCGGUCUGUAUGGUGCGAGCUACAUGCCCUUCGCUGCUCAUGCCAACUCGGCCACCCUGGCAGCGCUGCAGAAGAACGCAGCUGUGGCAGCUGCUGCAUACGGAGGUUAUGCUGGCUACAUGCCCCAAACCUUCCCUGCUGCCACCUUCCAAGUGCCUAUCCAUGACGUGUACCAGACCUACUGAGACGCGUUUUGCACCUUUUACCCAAAACACAGCGAGAUAUCUAUUGACUGAUCUGAGAAUAAAGGACUUAUAUUAAAUCUACUGACCAAAAAAAAACUCCCCAAAAACAUUACGCAGAUAUAGAACUAAAGGCCAAACUAGACCACUAACCCAAACUCCAGCUACCUAGAAUGUCUUUCGACUGCUCAUUAAAAGAAAGUCUGGUAACCUGUCGGAAAAACGCAGCAGUAACACUUUCUACGAAGAUCCACUUUGCUAAAUCAUUGCUGUUCUUAAAGGGCCGGUUCACCCACAAAUGAAAAUUCUGUCUUCGUUUAGUCGUGUCGUUCCAAACCUGCAUGCAUUUCUUUCUUCUGUGGAACACAAAAGAAGAUAUUUUGAAGAAUGUUGGUAACCAAACAGUUUUGGUGCCCAUUGACUUCCAUUGUAUGGACAAAAAAACAAAAAACAAACAAACACUGAGACAGUUCUACAUAUCUUCUUUUAUGUUCCACAGAAGAAAGUCGGUCAUACAGUUUUGGAACAACAUGAAGGUGAGUAAAUGAUGACAGAAUUGUCAUUUUUGGGUGUAGUCUCCCUUUAAGUUGGACGCAUUUUAUGAACUCUAAUAAUGCCUCAUAAAGCUCUAAUUAUGUUUUAUGCAUAAGACCUUGACAACUUAUAACCCUAACACUGCCUGCACAUAAUCCUAAAGCGACUGUAAUAUUUAUUAAACGUUAUAAAAACAUUACAAACAUGUAAAAUGUUAUCACAGUGGGCACAGUGGCUCCAGGGUUGAGGGUUCGAAUCUUGCCUCCGCCCUGUGUGUGCAGAGCAUGCGUGUUCUCCUUGUGCCCCAGUCCAAAGACAUGCAUUGUAGGUUGAUUGGCGUUUCCAAAUUGUCCGUAGUGUGUGAAUGUGUGUGCGAUCGUGUCCUGUGAUGGAUCGGCACCCUCUCUAGGGGGCCCCCCGCCUUGUGCCCCGAGUUCCCUGCGAUAGACUCCAGGUUCCCCUGUGACCCUGCAUAGGAUAAGCGUUAUGGAAAAUGGAUGGAUGGAAAAUGAGUGUUUCAACUAAAGCGAACACACUUCAUUAAUUCUUAUAAUAAGAAAGACGUGACGUACUUGUUUUCCUAAUGUAACGCAAAAUGAAUUCCGGAUCAAAUACAAAAACACAUACAGAGACAUUACCAAUGUUUUAAAAAUGUAAUGUCAGAAAGAAAAGGAGGGGGGGCUGGGGGGGCUCUGCUCAAUUCUAGUUUAGUCUAUGCACAUGCACUUCAGAUUUGCAUCCAGAUACAUUUCCAGAUACAGAUAUUCGAAGCACUAAACCUCUGCGUUCUCCGGUUUCCUCCUCCCACCUAACAAAAACAUUGGCGGAUCGAUAAAUCGCCCCCUGGGUACGAAUGAGGGGAAUGAAUGAACGUUAUUAGAGCGUUACAAUGCAUUGUUAUUGUUUUUUGCUUCGUUUUUUUUUUUUUAGUAGAAAAGUGUUACCAGCUGACCAGAGACGUAAAAAUAACGGAAUUUACACACUGACUUACUGUGACUCACUCAACGCUGACCGUUGUCUAGAACUACUGAUUUAAUUCUGUACGCAUUCAGUCAAGCACAAGAUCUGACUCGAUGCGUGAUUGAAUCUCCACGGACCAAUAAACGAACUGACACGGACUGGAAACACCAGUUGUGGCCUGCUGAUAUCACUGUGUGUGUGUGCUACUACGUUUCAUCAUCUCUCUGAAGAGGAAACCUCGUUCCUUAUUUCAUAUCUGCUGAUGCAGCCUCAUCUCAAGCUCCGUGUACAGAUUACUCGGGCAACAGUCACCUGUCAGGCAAAGAUUCCAGGUGACUGUUUCGAUGGUUCAAUAAUUGUGCUAAACACAUCCUCUUUUUUUGAGUUUUUUAAACAUUUUUUUAGACUGAUUCGGAGUGCCUUAAGCAUUAAUGCAUCACAGCUCCUUAGACACACCCAUCAUUCAUUUAUUACAACUCCAAUGUUCGGUUGCUUUGUCAAAGUUUUCCUAAAAUAUACAGUGUUUUGCACUAAUGAGUCUACACUGAUUCUGUGCUAGGAUGUAGCUUGUUCUACCCUCCAAAGUACACGACAAAAGGAAACGCAAAUAUACAAGAGAAGCAUUAUACUGCUGUGAGAGUCCUUAAUGCAUAUGAUUUUUUUUUUUUUUUUUUUUUUUAAAAGAGCACAGACCUAAACAUUGAAUUAAACCUACUGUCCUUGCUAAAUACUCCACUUCACGUCAUCCGGAACCUUCCGAAACCUUCCUCCCGUCUCUGUGGCUGCGAAGAAUACUGAAGGAACAUUCAGUAUGAAUGUUCUUUCCUGACCUGAAAUACAGCAUAUUUGCUCUAAGGCAUUUAAUAGUUACCUGAAGAAGAAGAAGAAGAAGAAGAAGAAGAAAAAAACAUUAAAAGAGACAAACAUAAGGAAAAACAAGAAAAAAAAAAUGCAAAACUGCUGAGCAGAGACCUAAGUGACCACUGAAGGAUCAUUUUAUGGACAUGUUUUAACACGCAAAUGGGAUUCCAAGUGUUUUAUGGUUGUUGUUGUUGUUUUAUUAUUUUUUAAGAUGUUUCAUAUCCUAACCACUAGGUUGCCUGAGUAAUAAUAAUAAUAAGAAUACCUGACUAAUACUUUUAGACCUUUUCCUUUGAUAUUUUGUUAUAUUAUAUCAUGUCAUGUUAUAUUUUCCUUUCUUUUUAUCGUUUUAUUUUUCGCGGCACGUUCGACGGCCGUUUAGUUCGCUGUUGUUUGAAGGUUUUUCGGACGGUUUCUUUAACGCGCUCUCUUGGCGUUUUCGUGUGUGUGUGUGUGUGGGGGGGGGGGGGGGGGGGGGUUGAGAAUUUAAGCGUUCGUUUUUAUAAAACCGGAAGUCGGAGACAAAGCCAAAAAUGAGCGGGACGAGAGACGAUAGAUAGCCACCGUGUUUAGGCACACCUACUGUACACUCCGUAGCCUUAAUACAGCUGUUAAAAAACAAACUGCAAUACCUCCUUAAACCGAAGCGAAACGCACGGCGUUCGAUGUGAAGAUCCGAAACAGCAUUUAUCUGUAGGAUCAAUAUGCAACGUGAUUAUUAAUUUUUAUUGUUGUUGCAUUUCUGAAUGUAAAAUCGAGACUGAAGGACGUCUUUAUGGGUUUUUUUGUAAUAUAGAACGUUAAUCAGAUCAGAUAGAGCGUUCCAGGGCCACACUUUCACUUGUUAGAGCUCUGUAUUACAAUACUGAUUACUACAAGGCUACUGGUGGUUAUUUUAUUAUUAUUAUUAUUAUAACUUUUUAUAAGAUGUGGCACACAUCUUAUAAAGGGUUGAGUGUUGGAAUUUUUGCAUUCUUUACUUUGAGGGUUUCCUCUGGGUAACCAUCUUUCAGCGGUUUCCUCCCCUAGUCCAAAGACAUGCGUUGUAGACUGAUUAGCGUUUCCAAAUUGUCCGUAGUGUGUGAAUGUGUGUGAGAUUGUGCACUGUGAUGCGUUGGUACCCUGGAUGUCCAGGAUGUCCCCGGCUUUGUGCCCCGGGUUCCCUGGGAUAGACUCCAGGCUCCUCCAUGACCCUUUGUAGGACAAGCAGUAUGGAAAAUGGAUGGAUGAAUGGAUGGAUAAGGUGUGGCCAUGAAGUAAGCUUCUUGAAAUCUAUUUUCUGGACACUUAACUCAUGGUAACUAUUGUAUUUAUUUAUUUAUUUAUUUUCUAAAUAAUUGGGACACCGGAAUUAGGCCAUUGGGCCGACAGGAACUUGAGCAUGGAGGUGACUGAUCAUAUUACAGUUUCCUUCACUCUUGCAACGACGCAGAAAGACACACUGGUGUCACUGGAGUUGUGACGUGUAUACACGUGUCACCUUAUGAGAUUUUUAACAGAUUCCAAACCCCCCACCCCCCACCCGUUCAUGCCGGAGGAAUAUUUAACACAGUAUUAAACACAUUAACUCUUAUACUUCACUUUUGGCUACAGAAUAUCAUCUCGUGGCUUCAUCUUAUAAAAUAAAUAAGUAAUAAUAAUAAUAAUAAUAAUAACCACCGUGUCACGUCAGAGGCUUUCCCCAUUUGAAUCCACGCCCAGUUGAAUUGAAUCAUUUGUAUUCUUUCUUUAUGUAUUCAAAUGAGCUUUCUUUCUAGUACAUUUUUUCUCUAUCUCUCUCGUAUCGUCCUAAAGAGAACAAACAUGUACAAGGGCUUUUCUUCUUAUUGUACGUAGUCCAUUUUGGUUUCAUCCGUAUUCUAGAAAAAUGUACUGUCAUACUGUUUCGUUCAAAAUCCUCGACGCUGGAAUGAAUGAAUGAACGAAUGAACGGGACUAAAUCGAUUCCUAUGCAUAUCACCACCGUGGCCUACAUAAAGAUCUGUCCGAAAAGCUCGAAUUCUGUCCGUCUGUUCUAAUAAGAACAUCAGGCUGAACGUGUAUAGUGCUUUUACACUCCAUGAUGAAGAACCCAUGAGAGACUCAAAAGGGAAUCAGUAUGAGCUUAAUGGGAGUUCUGGGACGAGGCAUAAGACAGUCUUGAUGCUUACAGCAGCAGUGUUUUAACAAGACUUUUAUAUUCAAGGUGUUCUUACAGUGUAGUUUUUUUUGGUGGUUUGCUUUCGGAGCGUCGUUCUCGAAUGCUUCUCAGAACACUAGCGUUUGGGAUACACGCCUAAGAUAACUUAAAAGCCUUUGUUUUUAUAUCAGGAAAUGAAGGUGCGAAUGUAUGUGUGGGGUUUUGCGGAAGACAUUUUAUCCCAACAGUGCCUGGACACAAAAACAAACAAACAAACAAACAAACAAACAAAAAUCUGUUCUUGAUGCCUCUAUGGUGAGGUAUCGGUGCCUUGAUCUACUAGUAGAUCAUUCUUAAAUCCUAAAGUGUGCACGAACAUCGAGUGGCCACCUCGUCUAUUUAUACCAACCGCGUUAUAUCAUUAACACACGUAACGUCAUGUAGCCAACAGUGGUUUCAUAUCUCUCUCUCUCUCUCUCUCUCUCUCUCUCUCUCUCUCUCUCUCACUCUCUCUCUCUCACUUUUCUAUACUACAGGUGAAGGAUUUCCAUGUUUCUGUUGUGUUUUUUGAUGUCAAGCUGUUUUUUUUUCCCUUUUAGCUCUAGCUUAUUAUUAUUAUUAUUAUUAUUAUUAUUAUUAUUAUUAUUAUUAUGACAGAUUGUGUUUUUAUUGAGUAUAACCUAUGUGUUAAGACUGAGUCACACUGGCGAUGCAAACAACUCAUAAAUCCUUGCACACACACACACAAACACACACACACACACACACACAUGCCCGCACACCCUAAACUCUGAACUUGAUGAAGUUGCCUGUAUAUGCGUGUGUGUGUGUGUGUGUGUGUGUGUGUGUGUGUGUGCGCAUGUGCUUACAGAUAUAAGAGCAUGAGUACACUUUUUUCUACGUUUGUGUGUUUGCCUUCAAGAAGACGUCCCCUUUCUACACUCUUCUUUCAUAGAAUCUUUUAUCAUGACCGAAACCAUCAGGAUAUAUUUAAUAUAUACAACGCAUUGUUUUUGUGUAUGAAGUAAGAAGAAAUUCUAUAAUAUAUUUGAAGUGAAUGAAUGUUUUUCUCUUCCUUUAUAUGCACCUUUUUUUUUCUUUCUUUUUUUUUUUUGAAAAUGUUAACUGUUUUGCCAAAGUGUUCUGUAAAAAAAAAAAAAACGAAGAAGAAAAAAAAAGUUUUUAUGUUUUCUUUGUUUGUUUGUUUUGCUAAUAUAUUAGAUACAGUUGGCCAGUUUGAGCCGAACGUGGACCCAAAGGUGUCACGCGUUCGAGUUGCUUUGUAUCGCGAUCAUUUCAUUAACACUAAGUCGUCUUGGUUUUUUUUGUUUUUUUUAAAGGAACUUGUGUUUUUGUUGCUAAAAGAACAAGACAUCAAAGGUUGAAGAAGAGUCGUCUUCAGAGAUCCCUUUAUGGAGCUGUUUUCUAUCACGCUAUAUAUUUGUAAUAGGCUUGGCAUUAUUGUAGGCUAUUUAUAGUGGUGCAGUAGUUGAAUAAAGCAUUUUCAAAAACGAGAA